UUAGUAUGGAAGGUAGGCCUAACUGUAGAAAUAAAGCCGCGUUUUCAAAUUUCUCCGGCAUAGUGUGGUUUCUGCCUCAGGAGUAAACACUGGAAAUGACGACUCGUGUUUUCCGCGGUAGACUUAAGUGAAGCAGGAAGCAACAGUGUGUAUAUGGCUCGACAAUGAGUCCAAAGUCAAAUUGCAGUCAGCAUGCAUUUUAUCUAUUGGACUGCAUGUAAAGUUUUUGAUCAAAGUUUGGUUAUUUAUUAAAUUUAGACGAAAAAUUGUUUAAAAUUAAAGUUGCUUGUCCGGUGACUUUCAAGAUUGCUGACAGCAUAAGAACAUUACUUAAAUUCUUAACAUUUGGAAAACAUUUUGCGAAUAUGUAUCUUUUUUCGAACAAAAUUUCUCAUCAAUAGAAAAUUUCUACUUGAUAGAGAAAUUAUAAUAACGAUAAACACCUGCCUGAGAUGCAAAUUGCAAGCUUAAUCUUAUUCAAUUUUCAAUUUUCCACUCUAAAUUUUCGUGUUCAAAACGUUUACAUGUGCUGGCCUUACGUAACGUCACAGGUUUAAGUCCAAUAUUUUUAUCUUCAGGACUUUUACGUCCUUGUAAUAACACGUUAUUGACUAAAUGUCAGAUCAACCAGGCAGGAUAACAAGUUUGCACAAUGCGGCGUAUAUAUAAAUAUGUUGUUUUUUUGGCAAGAUGUAAAGAUCAAAAAAAUUAUAAUAAUAUUCGACGUGUGGAGCUUGUGUGCGAGAGUAUACUCUAAACAGAAAAACCAAACCAAAAAACAAAACAAAACAAAAGGAAAAAAAACCAUUACAAUAGAUUUAUAUUCACAAGCUUUCAAAUCUCAAUGCAGAUGGGAAACAAGAAAAGACAAAUCUUUAAUGUCAUUUUGAAUUCCUUUUCUUUUUUAAGGCUGUAUUGUAUUUUUUGGGUUCUUUAGUAGUUGCUGUUAAUGUUUUUUUUUUUUUAAAUCUCUUCUAUUCGGUAACAUCUUACCAGCUUAUUUCUCGAGUAGCAGAAGGUGGCUUUCUAAAUGGUAAUUAUACGGUUUUAUUUGAAACCUCAGUUUUUUUUGUUUGUUUUUGAUGAUGGCGAAGAUGAUAUUCCAAAGUACACCUGUGUACAUACAGAUCUGUUUCUUUUGAGAAAUGAGAAAUCGUCUGCGAAUUUCCCGCUAAAUAACUUGGUGAUAUUAUCUUAGAGGAACUAAACUCCAGAAUACCCGGCCACUUAUUAGCAUCUGAUUGAAUAAGAAUAGCAACUAUUGUUAUAUACCUCGUUCUUGAAAGCACACCGGCACAUGUAAAUAAAGUGGCCGGGUAUUCUGAAGUUGCUCCGAAAUAAGCACAAUUUUAUUCUCGUCACUUUAUCAUCUUUACUUGAAAUUUUUCAUUACUGACGGGAUAACUACAUUUCCUAUACAGAUAUUUAAUAUUUUACUUAAUGGAAACGUCGUAUUGAAAGGAUGUGAACUUUCAAGGGUCUUUGAAAUGUCACUUUUUAAACUGUCGUGUGUCUUGUUAUACAAACGUUACCCUCGCGAUCGCAAACUAAAAGCCUCUUCUACGUGACAAUUUAAAACACAGGUUCUCAAAUAUUACUCAUAAUAUCCUCCUUUCGUCAUGAAUUCAACUGCAAAUGCGAAACUCCUAUUCACGAAUGCAAGCUUCUUUGAUCGUUGGUUGAAGUUGUUGAACAACUAACAUAAAAAGAGAUCGGCGUGUUAUCGAAAACAAAAGACGGUGAAAAGCAAUGCGUUUCUCCAAUGAGACAAACGGGAUAACAAGGCAGUUUGCUGGUAUUAUCCCAAGAGAAAGUAGCAAUAAUGGAUCCGGAGGGGAACAACAUAUGAGCGAUGCUAUGCAAAAAGUGGUGGUGAUAAAUUGCGCUGUAAACAUCGUUCUCGCGUGGACAUCGAUAAUCGGUAACACCUUGGUGUUACAUGCGGUGUGGAAGACGCCAACCCUUCGCUCACCAUCCAUGUUUCUCCUCUGUGGUCUAGCACUUUCUGAUCUUGCUGUGGGAGCAGUUGCACAGCCACUGUUCAUCGCGAACGAUUUGAUUGCACUGUACCCUCAAUCCGAAACACCAAUUCAUGUGCCUCUAUUCUUAAACAUUUACAACAUGUUGGGCUUCUCGUUAUGUGGGAUUUCGCUUUGUACAGUCGCUGCGAUAAGCGUCGACAGAAUGAUAGCCAUUCAGAAGUCUUUAGAAUACCCAAGUAUUGUCACCAUUCCCCGAGUGACACGUCUCCUCGUAACGAUUUGGACUGCUUGUGUAAUUCUAGCAAGCACACAGUUGUGGCACCAAAAAAGUCUGCUAAUUUUGAUGGGAACUGUAAUAUGUGUUUGUCUUUGCCUUUCAACUAUCUCUCAUAUAAAAAUUUACAAAACUGUUCGCCAUCAUCGAAAUGCGAUUCAAAUUCAGCUUCAAGCAGUUGAAAGUAACACUGGGAAUGCUAACAAUAUGUCGGGGCUGAAGAAGUCUGCUUUCAACGCUUUUAUAGUUUUUCUUGUACUUAUUAUCUGUUAUUGUCCAUAUCUUGUCGUCUAUCUUAUCUCUUCGUUUUAUUCAUUCAAUGAUUUCCUGGGCAGAUCUGUUGCUUCUACUAUAGUGUUUACUAACUCAACUUUAAAUCCAUUUUUGUAUUGUUGGCGAUUGAGUGAGAUACGAGAAGUUGUACUUCGCACUUGUCGUAAACUAGUUUGUUGUAUAUAAGUUAAAAUAUAUAUUUCACGUAUCUGCAUAGCUAAGGCAGCGUCCACACGUCCACUACG